AUGUCGACAGGCGCAGCCACCUACACACACGGCCACCACGAGUCCGUCCUACGCUCGCAUUCAUGGCGCACGGCGAAGAACUCGGCCGCCUACCUCAUCCCGUACCUGAAGCCCGACAUGACUCUCCUCGACAUCGGCUGCGGCCCUGGGACCAUCACCGCCGACUUCGCCGCCCUCCUCCCCCAGGGGCACGUCACGGGCCUCGAGGUCCCGAACUCGGACGUCCUCGACAAGGCCCGCGCGAACGCCGCUGAGCGCGGCGUCACCAACAUCACCUUCACGACCGGGAACGCGCUCGCGCUCCCGUUCCCGAACGACUCCUUCGACGUCGUGCACGCGCACCAGGUCCUCCAGCACGUCGGCGACCCGGUCCAGAUGCUCAAGGAGAUGCGCCGCGUCACGAAGCCCGGCGGGAUCGUCGCCGCGCGCGAGGCCGACUUCUCUGGGAUGGCCUGGUACCCCGAGGUCGAGGGGCUCGAGGACUGGCGCGUCGGCUACCUGAAGACGGCGCGGGCGAACGGCGGCGAGCCGGACGCGGGACGGCGCCUGCACGUGUGGGCGAAGGCGGCCGGCUUCUCGCGCGAGAGCAUCACGCUGUCCGUGGGGACGUGGUGCUACUACACGCCCGAGGAGCGUGCGUGGUGGAGCGGGCUGUGGGCGGACCGCUCGGUGUCGUCGAACUACGCGUCGAGUGCGCUCAAGCACGGGGUCUAUACCCAGGAGGGCCUUCAGCGCGUUUCGGAGGCUUGGCGCAAGUGGGGCGCUGAGGAGGAUGGGUGGUUUACUCUGAUACACGGGGAACUGGUUGCGCGGGUUUGAGUAGAAUUAGACGAGGACGAGGAAAGCAAAAAUGUCGUGUCUUCACCGAUACUACUUACUAGCAAUAGCCGUAUCACUAUCUACGCG